CUGCCUUUCCACCGUCUACGCCGUCGUGGACGACUCCGAGGAUGCGGGAUGCGAGAGUAUACAACUUUAAAAGGGCGCUGCCCCGCAUGAGCUGGCACCCCCACAACCUGUUCAACCUCUGGCGACGUUCGUACGGGCCGCUCCAAAAGAUCACGGACCGUGUCGAGUACAAGGAGACGCUGAACUGGCGGCGAUGGACUGCGAAGUCCCUCCUGCGUGGCUACCACGGCGACUACAUUAACGAGAAGAUCUUCAAGCGGUGGUACCUCCCGGACAACUUGCCAGACGUCCGCCCCCCGGCCUCGCUCACCGUGGAUGCCGGUGCCGACCUGAACAAGUGGGCAUUGAAGGACAACGCGGCGGACAAGGCAGCGAAGCGGGCUGAGGAGGAGAGGCGGAAAGGGCUCGCUCCCGUCGGAAGCUUGAUGUUCUCUGAGGUGGAGCGCAGGAUAGACGUGGUAAUCUUCCGGGCAUGCUUUGCGCAUAGUGUGUAUGACGCUCGCAGGAUGGUUGUCCACGGAAGUGUCUUGCUGAACGGCAAGAAGCACACAAACCCCAAUGCGCGUCUUGCUCCCGGAGACAUGGUCUCUGUGGACCCUGCCGCUAUUCCCUUCUUGCAGAAGAACGCGGCGCGGUGGGAGGCUAAGGAUGAAGAGGAAGACGCGUCGGAAGCUACCGCCGAAGCCGCUGAGGAGGAGGCUGACUCUGAAGACAGCCCUGAGGACGCUGAGGCCGCCGCUGCCGAGGCUGAGGAUGCGACAGAAGCUGAAGAGGUACCCGAACCCGCAGAGGAGCCAGAGGCGACGCCGACCGAGUCGAACGAUCUCAAGUCACGCUAUACCCAGAAGCGUUUUGUCGUCCCCGGUACCAUCCCGGAGCACACCCCUUUCCACCUCCCAGCAUACGCUGCGCCCUUCAUGUUCAUCCCCGCCUACCUCGAGCCGUCGUUCUCGACUUGCUCCGUGAUAUACCUCCGACACCCGACGGCGCGUCCUGGAUACUCAGAAAUCCCGACCCCUUGGGACGCGGACGGCGAGAUUGUCCGCCUGACUUGGGAGUGGUACUCGAAGCGUCGGAUGCGGAUACGGAGCAAGAGCCAGCUCGCGCGCAUGCCGGAGAACAGGCAAUGACCUUGGUACUAAAUAUUGGCCCCUACUUACAGGGUAUGGUAAUACAUGGCUUAAUACGUUGCUGCUUGCUUUAUGGUAUCCCCGCAUCCAC